GAAGGUCGUGUGGAAGCACCUGUUGAACAUUUACCCGGAGAACAUGACUGCUCGAGAGCGCAUCGACUACGUCAAGGCCAAGUGUGCCGAGUACCGGGAGCUUCGUGACUGCUGGAUGAAGCUGGUGCAGGAUGGGCAGGUCACAGACGACAUCCACCAGAGCACCAACAUGGUGAAAAAGGACGUGUUACGAACAGACCGACAGCUGCCCUUCUUCGCCGGUGGCGAUGGAAACAGCAACGUUGUCUCGCUCUUCAACAUCCUUACGACAUACGCGCUGAACCACCCGUCGGUGGGGUACUGCCAAGGCAUGUCUGACCUGGUAUCUCCACUACUCUACGUCCUUCAGAACGAGGCACAGGCCUACAUCAGCUUCUGUGGUCUGAUGCGACGACUCAAGCCCAACUUUUUCUUGGACGGCUUGGCAAUGACGGCGAAGUUUCAGCACCUUACCGAGACACUGCAGUUCUACGAGCCGGAUCUGUUCGACUACUUGAAGUACCGCCAGGCCGAUGACCUGCUUUUCUGCUACCGUUGGCUGCUACUGGAGCUCAAGCGGGAGUUCGCCUUUGAGGAGACCUUACGAAUGCUGGAGGUGCUGUGGUCGUCGCUACCUCCGGACUGGCCGUGUGACGGGCUUCAGCUGUUCGAGCUAAGGUACACGGGUGUGCCUCUGCUGGAUACGUCGGCCGCAGCCAUCCGGCCGACACUGAGUGGGUUUCGCCGCCGCGCAGCCACCGCUUACAGCAAGGUCUGCGCCAUCCGGCGACAGAGCGCGGGCACACUCAGUCUUGGCAACAGCCCGCUGCUCAAGAAGGAGUUUUCGCCUGGCGAGAGUGCAGCCACUGGCAUGUCUGCCUCCAAACGGGUGCAGAGCUUGGAUGGCAUCGCGGGCGACAUAGCACAUUGCGCGACCUCAGCCACAUCCGCGCGUAUUUUCAGAGAGGAGCGCCAGGCGCGCAAGGAAAAGCUUCUGCGCGAACGACGGCUUCAGUCGGACGCAGAGCUGGCCGGUAGCGAUGGUGGAAGGAAGAUCCGAGACCUGGGCGAGUUCCGGCGGCUGACACGGCAGACAAGUGGCAGUCUGACACUACCACUGGAGAUGACUGGCGACGAGGGGGAACCGUCUGGCUCUCUGAUGACAACGUCUGACGAAUUAGACUACUGUACCAUAGAGUGUCCGGCCGCAGCGGAGAUGAGCCGACAGCGCGUACGGCUGGAACACUCUACCAGCUGCUUCAUCCAGAAUGCCGUCGCUGUGGAAAAUCCAGUCGACAUUUCCGAUAAUCCUUUACUUGCAGAGGAAGUGGAGGUGGGGUUAACGCCAUCGACCGACCCGAUAAGCGCCACGGAGCAGGAAUUGGGUGCGGUCACGGAGCAGGGUCUGGGUGCGGUCAUCUCCUACUCAUGUGAGAAUGACGUGCGCGGCCGGCUGCCGGCGCCGCAGGAGCUCGGCGGCGGCAACCCGUUCCUCAUCUUUCUCUGUCUGAGCCUCCUGCAGCAGCACCGAGACGUGAUUCUCGGAAGCCGUUUGGAUUACCAGGAGAUCGCAAUGCUUUUCGACAAAAUGGUGCGUAAGCAUGACUUGUCACGCACACUGGAGCAGGCGCGCAGGAUGUUCUCUGACUACCUGAAGCGAGACUGGUCAGUGGCCAGCGGUAGCACCGCCAAAGACGGAGCUGACGUGGGCGUGUGAUGAGGUAAUGUAGCGGAAACUGCACGUCGACGGGAGGCGGCGAGGCGCCACUGCCAGCUGUUAUUGUAAGUCACUUGUGCUACCUAUAUAGCUAGAGCGACAGCCAGCAGUCUUUCUGCUGUCCCCUGCCGACGCCCUGUUCGGGCUGAUGACGACACAGGUGGUAUCUCGGCUUUUUAAAGAGGCUGACGGUCGAGUAUUUACCUCAGUUGGUGGUGGUAAUGUUGAUUCCGGAAAUUCUAUUUUUUUUUCGCCGUUAACCCGCGCCCCGUUGAGGUCUGGCAGGUUCCAUGUCCUGUUGGGGGGGGGGGGGAGACCAAAGGGCCCCCGUCGUAUCUCCGGAACCAAUGGCCGGAUCGGAAAAUUCAAACGGCAUUCGAAAGAGCUCAUCGAGAUGCCCAAGAUAGGAUAUCGAUGACCUUGAUAUUUGAACUGUGCCGUCACAGGGAGGUCAAACAAUGUCAAAUCAGUCCAAUUUGUAAUGACGAGAAGUCGGUCAUACAAAUGAAAUCUAAGCUUUCAAGAUGAGUCUGGAUAUGAUGUAUAUGAUAGAUCUGGCACGUGGAUAGUCAUCUGGAGUGGAUGAUGACCUAUGACGUCACAACAGCGGUCAGCCUCGACCAAUCAGAAAACACUUUCGUGAAUCGUAAGGAAAGGCAUAUAAAAUUGUGAAUAUUCGAGUCUUUAUGAAGACACGUCAUAUAUAUGCAACCACAGAAACCUCCUGACCAUUUUUCUUGUACCUAUGACGUCACAGGAAGGUAAAAUAAGGUCAAGUUGUACCGAUUAACAACGAAAAACAAUUUUUUACGUGAAAGUUAUUUUACUCACGUAAAGGAUGAUAUGCAGCCAGCAAGAGGUUGAUAAGAAUCAUAAAUAUUACUCCUGACUGAUUUCAAGCACCAAUAUCGAAAAUAUGGUGGCGUCAUAACUCAUAAUAACAGUCGCUACUUUUUCAGUCAUUCAAAUGGCUAUAUCUCAGGCAGUUUUAGAGAUAUUUUGUUAAUUUUUGGCAUGUGUAAGGCCAGUAAGAGGUUCUCUAACACAUAUUCCGUUUUUUCUUAAUUUCCCCAAACUUCAAAAAUACCUCAAGAAAUAUAAAUUUUUAGUUAGAAAAUCCCUAGAGCUAGGGAUUUUAUACUUGGGAAAUGUCGAGACAGCCAUUUGGUUUGUCAUGCAUUUUUAUACCUUCAGUCCAAUUUUUGAGUCGUUAAGUUGAAACCCUGAUUUUCUGCGACUUUUCUUCGUGAACAACUUUUUGGAAGAAAAAUCGUCAAACAUGACGUCAGUUUGACCUCUAUAGCUCGUGACAUGAGGUGAACUGGGACCUGCGUUUUCAGAAGUUGUGUAAAAUUAAUGUCCGGAGAGGUACUAUAAGUUUCAUGUCGAAAUUCGCAGCCGUUUCUGAGUUAUCUGCGAAAAACCGCAGGGGGCCCUUUGCCCCCCCCCCCCCAACGGGUCGCGGGUUAUGAUUGACAUUAGCCCUUUCUCCCUAGGUAAAUCGCUUAAAUAGAAACCCCGACGAUGAAGGGACGUAUUUGCGGAGUGUUCUUAUAGAUGUAUGCACUAUGUUGAGCGUUGUGCUGUGAAUGCUGUUCCCAGCGCUCUCAGAGCAGUCACAGUGUGCGUGCGCGGGCGCAUGUGUGUGUGCUGUCCGGUGGGCUGCCUGUGCGCCAACCCGUCUCACAGCUGAGCUGCCUGUGCGCCAACCCAGGGUAUAUUGAGUGAAGGGUAGGACGAAUUUUGGUAGGAAUUUCUAGGAUAACUACUAGAAAACCUACU